GCUCCGAGAAACGUGGUGAUUAUUUCCAUUGUAUGCUCGCAGUUCUCCGGCGGGGGGGAGGGAAGGGGGCCUUCCCACCGCACAUUCGCAUUUCACCUAUCUCUCUCUUUCUCUCUCUCUCUCUCUCCUUCUUCCAUUUUCCGUAUCACUCUUCUCUCAUUCUGCCACUCCGCUCCCGCUCUCGCGCUUCUAUGUCGCGCGCUAUGCCCGUGCAACCUCCGUGCGCCUCCUUCUCGCCCCCACUGACGCGGACCCACUGACGCGCCGCAAGGUCCGCUGAAGCCUCUCCGCCGUGCUGCAGAGCGCCUCGUAGCUCGCGACAGUGGUACGCGAAACGGAGCGUCGCGUCACGUCGUUAUCGCGGUAUCGAGGAUAUCGUUAUAGCUGGUUACUCCGUGCGAAUCGGCGACCGCGGGCACCUCUGCCCGCUCGCGUGUACCGUCUCCCCGCGAUUUGGUGUUGAAGUGCGCGACCGGUAUACUGACGACGACGCGACCGGAUAGCAUGAGGUAGCGUGGAAGAAAUCGGUGCUACUCUUGCCUUGGUGAACGCAGUUUCCUUCGUGCGAUCGUCCAUUCGUGGAGAUAUCUCACCGAUCUUUCGACCGCGAACGACGUCCGAAGGUGUGAGCUAUACCGAGUGCCGAGAAAAACCCGGUCGGUUCCGAUUGAGCGGGUCCGACCGUCGCUCUAGUUAUCCGAUCUCUCUUUCUUUCUGUUUCUGACUCUCUCUCUCUCUCUCUUUUUCUCUCUCUCUCUGGUUUGUCAGUGACGGUUUUAUUCAUUGUGCGGAGGUGCGGUUCUUUGAUACGUUACAAGUGUUACGUCAAUGGCAACGGGGUAGUCCAGGCUACCAGCGCGCGGCCAGGAUGAUAUGAGCACGCUUGGCAGACUGAGGAUGUCCUCAAAGAGGAAGUCGCCACCAACGAAGCUAUCGGAGGGCGGGGGCGGUGCGGGUACAGUGGCAGGCGCCAACGAGGAGGAGGAGGACACUACCUCGCCGGUGGCUGGUUCCGGUGGCGAGGCAGCCGUCGUCGUCGGUGAGGAGGGUGCCACCACCCCCGUCGACAUUGAGGAGUGCUACUCCCAUCAGAGAGGCGGCGAGUGCGAGUCCUCCGGCUGCUCAUCGCCGGCGACUACCAGUGAGCCGGAUCUACGCGACUCGCCGUCGCCCUCAUUGAAUUCCUUGCGGACGGCCAAGCGACAGAGGCUGUUGUUUCUGUCGAGCCAAGAGACCAUCACACCGUAUCACCAUCCUCAUCAUCACCAUCAUCACCACCACCACCAUCAUCACCAUACGAACACGUCGUCGUCGUCGGGUGGUGCACUGGAACCGGCGAGCUCCUCGGAGUGCGGCUCGCCACCCACCCUCCUUUCCGUCGAUCCUUAUUACUCCCAUCAUCCACAUCACAAUAACAACAACAACAACGUCACGCAGAACAACAACAACAAUAAUAACGGCAGUGGUACUACCGCUGCAGGCAGUAAAAGGUCCAUGGACGACGUUCUUAAAAGACUAACGUGCAAGAUGAAUAGCGAAUCCUUGUCUAUCCAGGACGAUACCACCAAUACCAGGCGGACAUCACCGCCGCUCUCUUCCACGCCAACCGGUCACAAUGCACAUAGUUGCAGUGGAAGCACGACUACCACCGUGGCAAAUAACGUGGCACUAUCACCUCCGGAUUCUGGAAGGAUAUCAAACACGGAGGCGCAAGUAGAUCAGGACGGCGUGGCGGCCCUUCAUAGGAUCCUUUGCGCCGAGAGCUUCGCCGAGAAGGAGCGCCGACUAUCGGAGAUGAUCCUGCAGCUGCAGUUGCUUAGGGAACGUCUUGUACAACAGCAGGAUCAAUCGAAGUCGUAUCCCGCUCACAUGACGGUCGACUCGCAGAAGCAAAUCGAGAUGCAGCGGCUGCAAACGGAGCACUUGAAGCGGCAGCAAGAGCACAUCAUGCAGCACAACAUCCAGGAGUUGCAGGCUCAGAUGACAAAGAGCCAGCUGAGCAUGUCGGGGCCGCAGUCACUGAUGUUUCUGCCGUUUCUCGAACAGCUCAGAGGGCUGCCAGUGCAGUCGCCCAUGCCUCCACCGCCAGCCACGUCAACCGCCACCACCGGCAACAAACACAUCAACUCCAUCGCCAAUAUGAUCAGCAGCCAUCGAGAAGGUCCAAGCUGGGCGACCGCGCAUCUCGCUCAGAUGACCACGCAAAUGGAGAAGGAAUCGUCGUCGCCGGCGCCGAUUUCAUCCGCGGUAGCACCAACGGCUCCGCCUCUUCAGGAUCUCGACGCCCCACUGAACCUCACCAAGCCGAAAUCGACGUCCUCGGGCGCCACGGCGUCUUCUUCGUCGCCUGGUAGUGACUCGCACUCGACCGGUGCCGGAAGCAGCGGCCAGCAGGAGCAACCAUUAGCGGCGACCGCGCCCAAACUUUUUCCGCCAGGACUGCCGAUACCGCGGAAUUACCUGCCGACGCUUCCUUACGCUGGUCUACCACCACAUCUCAGCAGUCUGUCUUCGCCGAUGGGCAAGGUAAUGGCCAAAGACGAGGCCGGCGGACCGGGAGGAUCCGUGGCGGCCGCUGCGGUCGCGGCCGUGGAAAAGCACUUCGCGAUGCACGGGCUGUACGGAUUGCCAUCGAACACAGGUGGGAUGCCACCGUCGGCCCAGACUCAAAGACCGAUCAAGCAUUCUGGCUCUCGGGAGGAACCGCCUCAGGAGGAACAGGAUUUUCUCUCGACGCCUCACAUGUGGCGAGAUCCGGGAUAUAAAGUAGCGGAAGACAUAACGGAAAAAGCUAAAAUGGUGAGGCAGCAGAAAAGGGAGGGUGAGAACAAGCCACAUAUCAAGCGACCUAUGAACGCAUUCAUGGUGUGGGCCAAGGACGAACGUAGAAAGAUCUUGAAAGCCUGCCCAGACAUGCACAACUCGAACAUAUCGAAAAUUCUCGGCGCCCGGUGGAAGUCGAUGUCAAACUCGGAGAAACAGCCAUAUUACGAGGAACAGUCGCGGCUUUCGAAGUUGCACAUGGAAAAGCACCCAGACUACAGGUACCGGCCGCGGCCAAAGCGCACGUGCAUCGUGGACGGCAAAAAGAUGCGUAUCUCCGAGUACAAGUCGCUGAUGCGGCAGCGGCGGCAGGAGAUGCGGCAGUUAUGGUGCCGUGACGGCGGCACUGAGAUGAACUUCUUGUCACCGGUAAGUGCCGAUAUGACUGGCACGCAGCAUCACCCGGGCACGGGCGCCGGUCCGUCGGCGCGACCAUCGGUCUCGCCGCCGGCGACGAUGCUGAACGGUGGUGGCGGUGCUGCCGGCCCAAGUUCGGACCAUCCUUCGUUCUACUAUCCACAGGACAGUCUGUCGCCCACGGACAUGAUGAACUUCUCACCCGAAAAUUCUGGCUCGAUCGGCGGCUACGACGCGAGUCCACGGCACCACGAUGAGGAUUGAACCGCAGCUCCGGGUCAGCCACUUUGGCCGCCCGGAGCAUCAUCGUCAUCAUCGGCAGUGGCAGCGGCAGCGGCGGCCGCAGCAACUGCAGCGGCCGCGUCUACGUCGAGGCUCGCUUACGAACUCUUCUGGUAAUCGGAAUCAUCCGUCUCAGUGUGACAACGUCGAGGUGUCAUGUGCGACACCGACCGUGAACGCGCGAUCGCAGGAACAUGUCCGCGAACUGCACUUCUCUGCACGACGGAGUGAACUGGAAGAGGAUACUACUUCUCGGGGAAAGAAGAGUCGGGCGUCUCGAAACCUCUCGCCGGAGGUUGUGAUAUAACGUUCUAUUUCUGUGCCAUCGUACGUGAAACGCGAAGGACCUAUCCACGAAGUAAAAGCGCGAGAGCAUCUCCGUCGCGACGUCGCUCGAUCGUUAAUCUUUCUUGCUCUUCGAUAUAAACUUAUUGAAAAAAAAUGCUGGUGUGUUCGCUAUACGUAAUCUUUACAUCAGUUAGUCCGUUUGAUCUGUAUUGAAUAAGUACGCGGAUCUCGAUACAGUACUCGACAAACUUAUAUGCGCUGUCGUAUUGAUAACAACAACUGCUUUAAAUUCAGCAAAUAUUUUAACAUCAUCUGACAUCCAAUUCAUAGUGCUCAUUUAAAGCCUUGACACAGAAACUUAAGAUGUAAGACUUAAGCGGUAAGGAAUCAACAUGUUGGAUUCGCUAUUGCUUACAUUAUGGUCUAAUGAUCUCUAUUGUGAUUGAUCGAUUUGCUUACUGCUUAGUAUUUAUACUACUAAGUUUUUUUAUGUGCCAUAGUCUUUAAGAAGAAAAAAACAAGAAAAUCCAACUACUUUCUUGAUUUAAAGCUUUGAAUAUGUUGUGUAAGCUCUAAAUAAUUUACACCAA